UCUAACGGGCUUCUUUUCCACGUGACGACGAAUUCAGUCAAAAUUUACUGCACUGUCUUGAGCUGCCUUGCUUGGAAGAUCGAUCUCAGUCGGUCUAUUGCGUACCGGUCACAGGAAAAUCAACGUUUGAAGUUCUGCUCACCGCAAUGAUCACAGAGAGGUCCAAGAAUAUUAACAGAAAUCCUGUCAGCGAACCAUCAUGCAAAACGGUAAGCCAAAUUGGACUACAAGGUCAUUCAGAGGGGACCUACAUCAACCCGCAGGCCACCUGCCAGCCACAACUAGAUAUCACUGCGGUCGCCUCGGACCACAGGGACAUCGAAAAAGAACGUGGAGAUGAAAGCAACAGUCGCAAAAUAGCAAUCACUUGCAUGCCUUGUGUCACUCCUGAAACCCUCAAACGUUCAUUGUCAGUUAGCACUCUGCCAGCGCAAGCUGAGAUAGUGCGCAACAAGUCCUGGAAGCAUUUGUUGCAGUGCGGAGCUGCAGCGACAGAUGAGCCCUCACGAAAGAAACCGAGGACUGACGUCAUCGUGAAGAGGACGAAGUCGACAGCGACAAUAAAUACUUCACAAUAUGUGGGCAGCAUCAGUGAAGACGAAGGUCCACUCGACGACGACAGCGAACAAUGUACGGCUUCCCAGAAGGAAUCGAAAGUGGAGGAAAAGCAAAAAGGGCGUUUGCAGAUUUUGAAGAUAACGAGGUUGAGAUCCGAUGUCAAGAAUCGGCUGAAGCAAUCGGUUGCAGAAUUCGGAAGAAACAAUGCAGGUGACAGAAUAGAUUCCGUAUGUCAUCGAAGGAAAGCUAGCAAUGAAGAAGAUAAGGGGAAGGAAACAAACGAACCUUCUGUUAAAGACGGAACUGCUGUUGAAUCGAUCGAUGGAGACAAAAUCAUUCGAGAGGAGAAACAUGGGAAACACACCACGGCGGAGUUCGUGUCUGAAUCCAAGUCGAGCAGAUGUUACGAACAUGAAACCAACAAGGAAACAAGAGAACAAAAUAAGAAGGGCACAACCAUAGCCUCUAGGUUUGGAAGAUUCGAGCAUUCCCGUCGUCCGGAGCCUGAUGGUCCGAGCCCAGCUACGAUAUUCGAACAAGGAUGCCUGAUGCGGGUUGCUCUUGAGGCUAACUCAAUGGUUCGCGAACUAGCGCAGAGCAGGACAUCUGGUCGCCUUGCAGAAUUAGUCAGUGUCAUAACCAUGCAGAUAUUGAACGCACAGAAGGGCACGUUCUGUAUUUCGUCCUACGGUAUCUUUUUCGUCCUUGGAAUAUUGGACAUGAAAAACCGCCUGAUGAGCCUGGAGGAGGUACUCAACUACGGUGGCUUCGGCAAAGACGGAGUUCCUUGCUGUUGCACUGAAGUCUUGUCCACCUUACGAUGCAGAGGAUCGCGAUUGCAAGACGUCGUUGUGAAGUCUGGGCUUUACGUUCCGCGAUGCGUCCAAAACUCAGCGAGACGUGAAAGACCGGAACCUUCUACGCGGCUGUCAUUCCAGCACGUCCUUACAGCAGAGUUCAAGACGAAUGACAGAAGCAUGAUGUCGUGGAACGGAGUGUUGUUCAACACGGCAGCUUUUUCGACCACCUGGAAAUUUCCAUUCAGCAAGAAGGCUACAUACAAAGGCGUUUUUCUCAGCAAUGGUUGUGAAGAGAUCCCUGCAGUGUUCAUGCGUAGGACAAGGGUCCUUUCUCACACCUUCGCUUCUGAUUUGAAUGCGGACCUCGUGGCUCUUCCGAACCAGGACCAGGACGUCGCAUUGCUCCUUCUGUUACAGAGGUCGGCAUCACCUCCCAUAACAACCAGAGUCCUACAUGACGCCGUGAGGUCGCUCCGUCCUACGCUAGUCGCCCUUCACCUUCCCAAGUUCAAGAUAACCAGCUCAACGGAGCUUGCUACCCAUAUCCAGAGCAGCUGGAAUGACCUCCUGAACUGCGGCCUGAGCAACGCCCCUGCAAUCUUCCGAUCUGUUCAUCAGCGCACCUCUGUCUCUGUGUCGGAAGGCCAAGAACCUUCCGUGCUUGUGGAGCGCACAGCAGGUUUCAGCAAAAUCACCACGCUGAAGUUUAAUCGUCCGUUCAUUUUCUUUGUGUACCGAAGGACACCUAUUUUAUUCUUGUACACAGGGAAGGUGUCCGACGGUAGCGUACUGAGGACACGUUAACGUGGACAUUUGGUGAUGGUACUGCGAGGUAUCAAGCACUUCGCUAUACGCUUCGCUAAUUGAAUUGAUGGCCCGCUCUUGAAUAUUUUGUAUCCACGUUAUAUGGUAAUAGGAACUUCUCCUAUACGGCAUUAUGUACCUCUCAUAAACAUGUAAUUCAAUUUGUAAGGAAUGCAGCAUUGGGCAAUUCUA